UUCUAUUCAGUCGAGCGCCGCUAUGUUCAGAAUAACUCUUGUAUGUAAAUAUAUACUGGCCAAAUUGUAACAUCUCUCAUUGUGAAGCAGGAAAGCGACUUGAUUGCACCAAAAGUCGGAAUCUGAUUCAACAUUGCAUUGGCUGGAUAUUGUAAUUUUUAUUACCCUCAUACAACUUAGAAACAGCAACACGUAGGCGGAUUAAUUUUGUCACCAUUGUGAGAGACCAGAGAAGAUAGAAUGGUUGUAUCCACAGUUCUAUUGGUCAUUAUUGGUGUGACUACAACAUGUGCAACUCUACAAAAUGUUGCACAAGGGAAGUCGGCGUAUAUGUCCAGUAAUUAUUACAAAUGGCCAGCUUCGAAAGCUGUGGACGGAAACACUAAUAACAACAUGAAUGGCGACUCAUGCUUCCAUACUAACACAGCCGCAACUAACUGGUGGUACGUCGACUUGGGACAAAACUACCAAGUUAGCCUAAUAGAAGUGUUUAACAGAAAAGAUUGUUGUGCUGAUCGAAGCAAAAAUAUUGCAGCACUGGUCGGUACUUCUUUGAAUAACCUGGAACAAGUGAAGUAUUGGGCUGACCCGCUUUGGGACUACGAGUCGGUAGUUUUCCACCCGUUGGCUAAAACAGUCCGAUAUGUUAAAUUUGUACAGACUGCAAACACAUAUUUCCACCUCUGUGAAGUUAAAGUAUAUGCACGCGUGUGAAUCGACUAACGGAACAUACACAUAUACAUCAGUGACCAUACAUGGUUAUGAAAAUGAAAUACAGCAUAUGUAUAUGUGAACAUUUUUGCUUUAAAUAAAACCUUGAAUACUA